GCAGCACGCAAAGACGAUACCACAAUGACAGCGCCCGGAGACCCGGACAAAGAAUGCAGCACCCAGGCACCUAGCAUCACCAGCCCUCGAAAGCAAAAGCUAGACCAAGCCCAAAGCCGGGACCAAACCCACACAGUUACAUCCCAAUCCCCAUCCGCCACCACCCCCUUGGGAGCUAUGAAGGAAAAAGCCACCGCCCUUCUCCCCCACCUUAAAAGAAUCGCAACGACCCAUCCCCUUCUCGCCACCUUUCUCCUGGCCCAGAUCAUCUGCUCGGGUAUCCCCCUGUGCCUGGUAUUGGGCGGCGUGAUGAUGGCGGCGAGUGUGGCUGCUGCGGUGGUGGCGGGACUUGCUAUGUUGGUGCUGGGACCAGUGCUGGUGGUGACGUUUUUGCUGGGGUUAGGGGUUUGGGGGUGGGGGUGGGCGUUGGUCUGGUUUUGGCGGAAGGUGGGGAGAGUUGUUAGGGGGGAGGAGGAGGAGGGGUUGGGAGUCUUUGGGGUUGAUUUGAGCAAAUUAGUUGAGAAUAAUAGUCGGAGUGAGAAGGGGGCUGUGGAUAAGGGUGGAAAUGGGGAUCAGGAUGGGAGUGGGAAAGUCAUGGGUUGAGGGUGCACUGUUUGUGUUCUAAUUCGGAUUGAAAAUGGGGUGGAGUUAAGUGCGUGUCUGAGUGGGUUUUGGACCUUGAGCGGGUGUUUGGAUGGAUGUAUAGUGUCGUGGCUUUCUUGAUACUUAUGGUUGUUCUGUUCUUAAUGACUAUGGGCGCUGUGAGGGCGAAGUGUUGAGCAGCCGUGAGGAGUCUAGCUGGACUGUAAGGAC